GUUAUAGAGGAGUCACAAUUUGCACCGACAGUGUUACCCCUGGAGGUGUUCAUCAUCGCCUACCAGGAGCGAUGGCCCGGAGGUGAGAUCGGUCACCUGAUAGCCUCGGACCAGGACCCUUAUGACACGCUGGUGUUCGCGAUGGAGCCGAGCCCACCAGGCCAGGGACAGUUCUCGGUGGAGCCUCGCCGUGGAGUUCUGACCGCCGGUCCCAUGGUGGAUGCUGGCCGCUACCGCCUCAACAUCUCUGUGUCUGACGGCAAGUUCACGACGUACACCACCGUCACCGUCCACGUGCUGCCUCUCUGGGAGGACAUGCUGCAGCACAGCGUCAGCAUCAGGUUGCGGAGUAUGACGGCCCAUCACUUCGUGCUGCGGCAGUGGAAGAGCCUGGUGCAGCUCCUGGAGUCAGCGUUGCUGAGGCAGGUGUCACUGACCAGUCUGCAAGCUGUGGCUCACGGUGACCUUGACAUACUCUUGACCAUCACUGGGGGGGUGGAGCUGGCGGUGCUCAGCGAGGCUCUACAGUCCGCUGGAUUGAGCGGGGCCAACUGGUCAUGCGACUGCCACAACGGCGCUCUCUGCCGCCAGAAGGUUCAGAUACAGCGGGACUUGGUGUUCACAGUGGCCACAGACCACCUCAGUUUCGUGUGUCCUGGCCACUCCCACCAACUCUACUGCGCCUGCAACCUCGGCUAUGGAGGUGAAUACUGUGAGGAGAUUCUCCCGGGCGGCGACUGUGGGUGUCCUCCUCCUCAGGGAUGUAUGCCCCAGGCGGGGGCCCCAGGGGGCUACAUCUGCGUACCCCCCUCCUGCCCUCCCUCUCACUCUUGUCCUCCCGCCGUCACCGCCAGCAUCCACUGGGAGGAGCUGGUGGCGAUCGUCGUGGCAAUCCUCAUAGUCUCGUGUCUUGUACUCGUAUUCGUCCUCUACAGACGCUGCCACCGCAUCAGUCCUGGGAACAGGGUGGACAAGUCGGAACUGAAUCACGUCAUCAAGAGAACCUCCAAACUCAGUAACCUCCAGGUUACACAGCCCUCCAGGCCAACGUCGUACACGUGCAGUUCUAACAACGAGGUUUUCUCAGCCGUGGCGCUCAACAACGCCGAGAGAGGGACAGCGGAGUCAGACAACGUGCCGCCAGACUACAGGCGCAACCUCAUGAGUCCUCAUCACAAGAUCAACAACGAUUUAAAACAAACUGCAGACAUCCCCCUACACCAGGUUAUACCCGCAGAAGAUGAUACAAGAACGAUUGGAGGAUUCCACUGGGACUGUACGGAGUGGUUGCAGAACGGCGAUGUCCACACAACCAUCCUGGGCGACUCUUCCAGUUACCAUAGCAACGAUAGCUGUCUCACAGGUGACCCUGCUCGGGAACUGGCGACCCUGGACACCAAACUGAACAGUCAAGAGGAUCAGAUGAUCCCGUACGGGUUUCCCAGGAGCCGAGACAUCUACUUGUAACAACGCUUCUAGUGUUACAUAUACAACUGUUUUCAUAUCUCUAGGUGACCCUGCUCGGGAACU